AUGUCUACCCUGGGAAACAAUAUCAGUCGGACGCUUGAUGUCCUACUUCCAAAGAUACGGUCCCGCCGUCAAGAGUCGUCAGAACCUAUCGUACUUGGUAUCACAGGCCUACAAGGUUCAGGCAAAUCGACAUGGGCAUCGGAGCUUGUCAAGAUCCUGUCACAGGAUCACGGUCUCUAUACGAUAACUGUUUCGUUGGACGACUUCUACAAAACCCAUGAUGAGCUAGUAGCACAACGGGAUCGUGAUCCCAACAACAAGCUUUACCGUACUCGUGGACAGCCUGGUACACACGACGAGCAGCUAGCCCGAGAGUUCUUCACCGAUUUGAAGAAAUACAACGGGAGAGGCAGCCUCAAGAUCCCGAGCUUCGAUAAGAGCAAGUACAAUGGCGAAGGCGACAGAGCGCCCCAAUCAGAAUGGACGACAAUCUUGCAAAAACCGGAUGUUGUCGUCUUUGAAGGGUGGUGCGUGGGCUUCCAGCCCGUUCCACAGUCUUUCAUAGAAGAAAGAUAUACGCUGGCAAAAGCCGGGAAGCUCACAGUCAAUACCCCUGCGAAUCACCAACUUCCGCAUUUGUUCGAGGUGAACGAGAAUCUCGAGCGCUACUGUGAUGCAUUUAUGGGACCCAAGCAAUUUGAUUUCUUCAUCCAUAUUGAUACGGACGACCUGAGAAAUGUGUACAUAUGGCGUCUGCAGCAAGAGCAUAAGAUGAUUGAGGCGAAAGGAUCAGGAAUGUCAGAUGAGCAGGUUCGUGCGUUCAUCGAUGGUUAUAUGCCGAGCUAUGAGAUAUACCUGGAGCGGCUGCGCGAAGGAUUGUUUGACGACAGAAGUAGGAUGGUGAGGGUGGUACUGAAUAGAGAAAGAGGAGUCGAGAGAAUUGAGGAGCUGUGA